AUCUCCCGCCGUCACCGCUUCUUCUCAGCGACCGGAAAAACAGCAGAAUCCUCUGACGUUACAGAAUCUCCCGGACCGGAUUCUGAUCACAAACCGGAUCCUGGGAUUGGUAAAAUUGGAAUGGAGAUUAUGUCAAUUGCAUUACCUGCUGCAUUAGCUUUAGCUGCUGAUCCUAUAACAUCUCUUGUGGACACUGCCUUCGUUGGCCAUAUUGGUUCUGCAGAAUUAGCUGCAGUAGGAGUCUCAGUUUCUGUAUUCAAUUUGGUGUCGAAGCUCUUCAAUGUUCCUUUGCUAAACGUCACAACAUCGUUUGUUGCGGAGGAGCAAGCAAUUGCUGCUAAAGAUGAUAAUGAUUCUACGGAAACAAGCAAGAAAGUGCUGCCUUCUGUUUCAACAUCAUUAGUUCUUGCUGCUGGAGUUGGUAUUGCAGAGGCGAUUGCGCUAUCUCUAGGGUCUGAUUUCUUGAUGGACGUCAUGGCUAUACCUUUUGAUUCACCAAUGCGGAUACCAGCAGAGCAGUUCCUCAGACUUAGAGCGUAUGGUGCACCACCAAUUGUAGUUGCAUUGGCUGCGCAAGGAGCUUUUCGAGGUUUCAAGGACACAACGACGCCUCUAUAUGCCGUUGUUGCAGGGAAUGUGCUUAAUGCGAUAUUGGAUCCAAUCCUGAUAUUUGUCCUUGGUUUUGGUAUCUCUGGUGCUGCGGCUGCUACUGUGAUUUCUGAAUACUUGAUUGCAUUUAUUCUUCUGUGGAAGUUGAAUGAGAAUGUAGUUUUGCUCUCUCCUCAAAUCAAAGUGGGAAGAGCCAACCAGUACCUCAAAUCAGGUGGGCUUCUGAUUGGUAGAACGGUAGCUUUGCUUGUGCCGUUCACAUUAGCUACUUCGUUAGCAGCUCAAAAUGGACCCACUCAAAUGGCUGGCCAUCAAAUCGUCUUGGAAGUCUGGUUGGCUGUCUCUUUACUCACCGAUGCUUUAGCCAUUGCUGCACAGAGUCUUCUUGCCACCACUUUCUCUCAAGGAGAAUACAAACAAGCCCGGGAAGUUAUCUUCGGAGUCCUUCAAGUAGGAUUAGCAACUGGAACUGGUUUGGCUGCUGUAUUGUUCAUCACUUUCGAACCAUUUUCAAGCUUAUUCACAACGGAUUCAGAAGUUCUAAAGAUUGCUUUGUCAGGGACCUUAUUUGUGGCUGGAUCCCAACCGGUGAAUGCUCUAGCGUUUGUUUUGGAUGGGCUUUAUUAUGGUGUCUCUGACUUUGGAUUUGCCGCCUAUUCUAUGGUGAUUGUCGGAUUCAUAUCUUCCUUGUUCAUGCUUGUGGCUGCACCAACGUUUGGCCUUGCCGGGAUCUGGACUGGUUUAUUCCUCUUCAUGGCAUUGCGGUUGGUUGCCGGAGCCUGGAGAUUGGGAACAAGAACCGGUCCAUGGAAAAUGCUGUGGUCUGCUCCAGAGAAGCCAGAAUGAGAGGGAUCGUUGUUUCUGCAUCAAUAUUUUUGUGGUAUGAUGCGUGACUCUUAAGUUAAGAUAAUGAAAAUGUAGUAAACUAACAGUGUAAAAAACAGAGUCUUAUAGUAUAUUGAUGCAGCAUAAACACUAAGCUAGAAUCUGAAAAACUCUAAAUAUGAAUCGAAUCCACCUCCCUGGUGAUAACUGGA